GGCAGCCAUGCCGACCUGCCCGUCUCCUCCUGCAGCCGGAGCCCUCUAGAGAGCCGCUUGCAACUGUCCUUGCUGAUCCGGUGCCUCCUGCCUGGGCGCCAUGUCGGACAUCCUGCUCAACCUGGACACGGUGCUCUCCCAGCCGCCCCAGAAGAGCUCCGGGGGCAACAAGAAGCACCAGCGCUUUGUCAAACGCCGUCAGUUCCUGGAGCGGAAGGGCUUCCUGAAGCAGAAGCAGCUGCCCUUCCAGCCGACCCUGCCCAGGCGGGAUGCCUCACUCGGCUGCUCCGCGGGACCCGACCGGGCCAAGAAGAAGCAGAGAGUGGAGGCAAAAGAAGGCAGCAAAGCCUUACCGGAGGAGGGGCCCCCUUGCCGACUCAAAAGGUCGCCCAAGGAGAGCUCUGGUUCAGGUGCUGUGGGUUCUGCAUCCCGCACCUCCAGCUCCUCACUGGCUGCGGCGGCCUCCAGGAAAACUGGGUGCGGUGCUGAGAAGCCCAACGGGACCCUCUGCAGCCGGGGGGAUGUUUCCCGAGCAGGCCUGUUGAAUGAAUUCAAGAGUGGCCUCCCUGACGCGCCGGUGCUAGCCAAGCCCAGCAAAAUGGUGGCCAUUGACUGUGAAAUGGUGGGCACCGGGCCCGGUGGGCGCAAUAGUGACCUGGCUCGAUGCAGCGUGGUUGGCUACUAUGGUGAUGUGAUGUAUGAUAAGUACAUCCGUCCCCUGAGCCCCAUCACCAAUUACCGGACUCGGUGGAGUGGCAUCAGGCACCACCACAUGAGAGACGCCGUCCCCUUCAAGUUAGCCCAGAAAGAGAUUCUUAAGCUUCUCUCGGGGAACAUUGUCAUUGGCCACGCAAUCCACAACGACUUCAAAGCCCUCAAAUAUUUCCACCCCAAAUCCUUGACCAGGGACACUUCAAAAAUCCCCCUGCUCAAUCGGAAGGCUGGCUUUCCCGAGAAUGAGUCAGCCUCCCUGAAGCGACUCACCAAGCAGCUCCUGCACCGAGACAUUCAGGUUGGUCACAACGGACACUCGUCAGUCGAAGAUGCCAGGGCCACCAUGGAGCUGUACAAGGUGAUUGAGGUGGAGUGGGAGAGGCACUUGGCCACCUCCUCCCUCCAGGAUGGACCGCCGGGCACCACGUGACGGCCCUUGGCCAAGAGCCAGCUGGCCUGGACUUGACGGAGUGAGAGCUGCAGAUGCUGCAGAAGCUUUUGGAGGGGGGGGCAGAGGAGGGGAAGAAGC